GCUAGCUUGGAAACAGAAACUUUUCUUGUCUUGUUCCGGGGGCCGCUAUGGCGCAACGUCCCAUUUCCGUCAAUAUUGAAAAUUCCUUUCGCGAACAACUUCUUUCUGGCCGUAACUUGUAAUUGUAUUCAUAAUUCUUCAUAAUUCAUAAUUGAAUAUCAUACUUUACUCUCCAAGCUUACGCGUGCUAACCUAGUAUAUUAUCUUCAUUGACACCUUUUCUACGUGCCAUUGGAGCUUUGGUUACCCCUAACGCCGGUCUUAUUACACAGCUAUUGUCCCCUGAACUUGCGCUACAGAUGGCUCCUCCUACGGGGCCUCUGAACCUCGAUGUCGAAGCGAUAUCAGGUAUCUGCGGCUCUAUCUCGAUUGCGGCAUGGGUCGUGGUCUUCUCCCCCCAGAUCAUAGAAAAUUUCCGACGAGGUUCCACCGAUGGAUUGUCCGUUCCCUUUAUCAUCCUCUGGCUGCUUGGUGAUGUCUUCAAUAUACUCGGUGCCAUACUUCAAGGCGUACUACCGACAAUGCUCAUCCUAGCAAUUUACUACACGAUAGCCGAUUUCGUUCUUUUAGCGCAAUGCUUCUAUUACAAGGGUUUUACGUGGAAGGACGAAAUCCCGUCAUCCCAGCCGAAACCGCCGAACGUCGUAGCUGUCGGUGAGCCUACUGAGAGAACAGGAUUGUUAAAUGGCCACUUUAAUGAAAGGGAAAGAAGAGGAAGCGGGUGGUCUCAUCUGAAUCCGACUGUGCCAAUGGUGUCGGAGGCUCCGAUCACGCCCCCUCCCCCGCCUACGAGACUACAGUCAGUAAUAUGGAAUUUGGUGGCUGUCCUCAUGGUCUGCGUAGCGGGCGUGGUUGGAUGGCUAUCGAGCAGACAGUAUUCAAAUAGUCAACCCGAUUCAUCCGCGGACGAGGGUCUCCCUUCAUUCGAUCUUUGGGGCCAGAUCUUCGGUUGGCUAUGUGCUCUUCUCUACCUUGGGUCGAGACUCCCUCAAUUGCUGCUUAAUUGGCGUCGCAAAUCAACCGAUGGUGUAAGCAUCCUAUUCUUCCUCUUCGCUUGCCUGGGAAAUUUGACCUAUGUCCUUUCGAUAUUCGCCUACGAGCCUCACUGUGCCAAAUCACAAUGCCAGCCUGGCGAGGUAGAGCGGAUAUAUGGGAGAUACAUACUUGUCAACUCCAGUUGGUUAGCUGGUAGCUUAGGGACGUUGCUCUUAGACCUGGGCAUAUUCGCUCAGUUUUUCAUCUACAGUAAGGAUGAGUUAGCGGAUGAAGAAGAGGCAAUCGAAGACGAUGAUGAAGAUCCCAUUGCUGACGAACAGCAACUCGAUGAUCAACCGCUCCUGCAGCGAACUGGUUCUGGCCUUCCAUAUAUUCCAUAAAUUGGAGCAAAAACAGCACUCCGUACUAAUGAUUGCAUUCAUCGACUUACAAAAUAGACUUGGUACUGGAACGGAAAAUGGGCAAUGGAGUUCGGGGUUACAUUUAUUCUUUCUUCAUCUAAAAGAAAAUUUACAAGUGUGUUGCUAGGCUACUAACAAGACGUUUCAUUCUUAAUACC